AUGGAAGGCACCUCUUUUAUCUCCCCUGCAUCAUUGUUACGGCGGCAAAUAGCGAACAAGGAUGAGAUCGUCGUGUGCCCUGGCGUAUAUGACGGGCUCAGUGCGCGUAUUGCCCUUCAUGCCGGCUUCAAGAGCCUUUAUAUGACUGGCUCCGGAACUGCAGUUUCCCGACUUGGAAUGCCUGAUAUAGGUCUAGCUACCUUGAAUGAUAUGAGGGAUAACGCUGCUCUCAUUUCCAGCUUGGAUCCAUCGGUUCCGCUCAUUGCAGACGCAGACACAGGUUACGGCGGUGCAUUGAUGGUAGGCCGUACGGUCGCUCAGUACAUGCGUGCCGGCGUUGCAGCUCUACAUCUCGAGGACCAGGUCGUCAACAAACGAUGUGGCCAUCUCCGUAAUAAAGAGCUGGUCUCAGAAGACGAGUACUUGUCACGGAUCAAAGCGGCCGUGAACAUGCGAGCAAAACUUGACGGCGAUAUUGUCAUAAUCGCACGUACGGACGCAUUGCAUGUCCUUGGUUUUGAAGUCGCUCUAAACAGACUGAAAAAGGCAAUCAGUCUGGGUGCUGAUGUGGCUUUUCUCGAGGGUAUUCGCACUCUGGAAGAGGCAGAACGUGUUUGUAAAGAGCUGCACCCGACCCCGGUCUUAUACAACAUGGUUCAGGGAGGAGUCUCCCCGCGCCUGACCGUCUCGGAAGCCCAGAAAAUUGGGUUCAAGAUUAUCAUAUUCCCUGCUAUCGCCUCUAGGGCGGCCUUUUUAUCGAUCACCAAGUCUGUGCAGUAUCUCAAGGAAACUGGCGAUUUUCCUGACGAAACGGCCAAUGUGGGCCCAGCUUCUUUGUACAGUGUCUGUGGUUUGGAUGAGGCAAUGGAGUUUGAUAAAGCUGCUGGCGGAAAAUCUUACGAAGGGGGGAUAUAG